ACUGUCAGAGGAUAAAAUAAAAAUAACUUGGAAUAACGGAGGCUCAGUUUAUGUGGUGUAUUCUUUAAAAUUAGCACAGAUAAUUUAGUGAGCUAAAAUAAUGUAAUGCAGGUGUUUUGAACAUAUGAAAACAGUGUAUUAUUAUAAAAAACUUCACUACGGUAUCAUUACUAUAGAGAUGUUGGACUGUUAGACUGGCAUGUACUUAUGUGUACAGUUUACUAGAUAAAUUGAUCUAAAAUCGAAAAGAAACAAAAAAAAUGUUCGGACGAACGAGCCUCCUGUUUUGCGUGUGGAUGAGCUUAUUGGCUGUUAGUUUGGGUCAACGCGCCGAGCAGUUGCUAGCCCAGAACCCGUGCUCGAGCAAGACGACUUGUAGCGACUGUGCGCGAACGCCGUCAUGUGCAUGGUGCUUCGCCCAUGACUUCAACGGACCCCGCUGUUUCAACCCCUCGAUGGAAGGCGGCACCGCAGGCUGCGAUGAAGCUUACAUAUUCAAUCCAGACAACCAGCAGUCCAUCGAUCCUAUGUACAAUCGGGAAUUAACCAGAGCAAAGGGUCGAAUGGGUAUUGGAAUGGAAUCUUCCUACUAUGAAGAGUCGAUGAGUAGCAGCAGUAGUAGCAGUAGCAGCAGUAGCGGUGUCAAAGGCGGAGCAUACGGAGCCGCAGGAGGCGAGAACCUCGUACAAAUCAAACCGCAGAGAGUGAAGUUACAGUUGCGCAUGAAUCAGAUGCAAAAGAUGUCGUUCUCAUACGCGCAAGCGCAAGACUAUCCAGUAGAUCUCUACUACCUUAUGGACCUCAGUAGAUCGAUGAAAAAUGACAAGGAGAAGCUCAGUACGCUUGGCAGUCUGCUCUCAAGCACAAUGAGAAACAUCACUUCUAACUUUAGAAUUGGUUUUGGUUCGUUCGUGGACAAACUCGUCAUGCCAUAUGUUUCUACUGUGCCUAAAAACUUGAUUUCACCAUGCGACGGGUGCGCAGCGCCAUAUGGCUACAAGAAUCAGAUGUCGCUAAGCAACGAUACUGACUUUUUCGAUAAAGCAGUAGCACACGCAGAGGUGUCGGGUAACUUGGACGCACCCGAAGGCGGUUUCGAUGCCAUCAUGCAAGCCGUGGUUUGCAAGAACGAGAUCGGUUGGCGCGAGCACGCCAGGAAACUACUUGUAUUUUCUACCGACGCGGGAUUCCACUAUGCUGGUGACGGAAAGCUUGGAGGCAUUGUACAGCCGAAUGACGGGGAAUGCCAUAUGGAGGACAACUCAUACACUUAUUCAACAACUCAGGAUUACCCCAGCAUUUCCCAGAUUAAUCUUAAGGUAAAAGAGCACGCAAUCAACGUGAUAUUCGCGGUGACCUCGGAGCAGAUCAGUGUGUACGAGCAGCUCAGCAGGCACAUCGAGGGCUCCAGCAGCGGCAUCCUCAGCGACGACUCCGACAACGUGGUGGACCUCGUGCGCGAGCAGUAUAAUAAAAUCACGUCAACAGUGGAGAUGAAAGAUACGUCGAGUGAUGCGCUGCAAAUAUCGUACUACUCAUCCUGUCUAGGCAGCAAGGACAAUGUUGUGCAGACAAACAAAUGUGAUGGACUUAAGGUCAGUGAUGUGGUUGAAUUCACUGCUGAGAUCACUUUGAAAGAGUGCCCUAAAGAUCCGAGCAAAUGGAAGCAAAGUUUCACCAUCUAUCCUGUCGGUGUGUCUGAGAGCCUCAAUGUAGAAGUUGAAAUGCUGUGCGACUGCCCUUGCGAGCACCCUGGACAUCAUGCGUACGACGACCGUCUCGAAGUGUGCAGUGGUCAAGGCAUCUCAGCGUGCGGAGUGUGCGUGUGCAAGCCUGGUCGCUUCGGCAAGAGCUGCGAGUGUUCCGCGCACGGCGGCGUGUCGCUGGAGCAGGAGCGCGGCUGUCGGCCCACCAACGCCACGUCCGGCCCGCUGUGCUCCAACCGCGGCACCUGCAUCUGCGGCGUCUGCGAGUGCAACAAGAUGGAGGACACCCUCAAGGUGAUAUCUGGUCCGUUCUGCGAGUGCGACAAUUUCACGUGCGAUAUGAACAAGGGCCAGCUCUGCUCGGGGCCGGACCACGGCGAGUGUGUUUGUGGCAAGUGCAGCUGCAAGCCCCAGUACACCGGGCCCGCCUGCCGCUGUCUGAAGGACCAGAAGCCUUGUAUAUCCCCCGAAAACGGCAAAGUCUGCGGCGGGAACGGCAAGUGUGUGUGCGGAGAGUGUGUGUGUAACGUUGACGAUGAUCGACACUACUCUGGGAAGUACUGCGACAAAUGUCCUACGUGCCCAGGAAAGUGCGAGGAUUUCAAACUUUGCGUUCUAUGUGAGGUGCACAAGCGUGGGCCCAAGUACAACGCAGAUGCGCCCGAUCGCGAGUGUGGCGAUUGCGCCUUGUACCCUGAAGUUGUUGAAGGCAAAAUCGAAGCAAACGAAACGUCGAACGAACACUUGUGCAGCUUCUACGACGAAGAGGACUGCCUGUACGUGUAUGUGUACUCUUAUAACGAGAGCCAGCAUUUACACAUCAGAGCGCAAAAGGAACACGAGUGUCCGCGAAAGGUGUUCAUCCUGGGCAUCGUGUUGGGCGUGAUCGCCGCCAUCGUGCUGGUGGGGCUGGCGCUGCUCAUGCUGUGGAAGAUGGUCACCACCAUCCACGACCGCCGCGAGUUCGCGCGCUUCGAGAAAGAGCGCAUGAUGGCCAAGUGGGACACGGGCGAGAACCCAAUUUACAAGCAAGCAACAUCUACCUUCAAAAACCCCACAUACGCUGGAAAAUAGAGAUCUGUGAAAAUGCUUGUGGCAGUAGAUGGUUACAGAAUAAUGUAAGAAGAUGCUACUAAAGUAAAAUAAGAGUAUAGAAAAGAAAUAAAAGAGCUGGCGAAAAAACGGUGUAAUUGCAUGAAAUAAAAUUUUACAGGAGUUGUAAUAAAAACUGAAUGAAAGCUGUUGCUUUACUAUUGUACCGUUUCUAACAAAAUCAUGAACCUUGGACUCGAAUUCAGUUUAGUUUUAGACCAUUUUACUUCUAAAUGAGUUCAGAUUUGUAUUCAGUGAGCCAAAAUCGUAGGAUUAAUAAACACAAAACAAUUUUGAUCAGAAAUGUAAUUA